CUUCCUCUCUGUUAACCCCUGCUUAAAACAAUCACACACACUUUCUCUCUCUAACAAAAAUACAGGCACAAAAACCCUUUGCCCCUUUCUCUCUCCUCCGUUAGGUCCAACACCAACCUUAAAACCAGGACACAGGCUCUCUCUCUCUCUCUCUCUAAAACCUACACAGAACCUUCCCCCCUCUCUCUCUCUCUGUCUAUAUAUAUAUAUAUAUAUUCCCCCAAAUGCUGAACCUGAAGCGACCUUUCCUAUUAUCUGUACCAUCAAGAAGCGGCGGUGGAGGUCAUGGCUGAAAUCUUUGCUGCAUUCCCCUCCCAACAAUAGCCACCAUAAAACCAUGCCCUUCUCCCCCUCUUCUUCCUCUGCCCCCUCUUCCUUCUCCUCUUCUUUUCCCUCCCAGAAUUCUGAUUUUGCUCUUGCCAUGGCAGCUGGCCGAGCCGCUGGAUUUAUCCCCCAAGCCAACUGGGAAGCCUUCCACCACCUGAAAACCUUCCAACCCCACCCUUCUCCAUUCCUGGCUUCGUCUGAAUUUUCAGGUGAUAAUAAAACUUUGCAUGAGCAACCUUUGAGGCCUGAAUUUCCUGUGUUGGGAGAUUUUGCUAGGAGGAAUCUGCCAUUGGUUUCUUCUUCGGUUGGUGAUGAGACUGCGGAGGGGACUGAACGUGGGGUUUGUGGUACGAGCGGGUUGUCGGAGGCAGGAGUGUCGGGGAGGCAGUCUUCGAUUGGAGAUCAGAGCAGCCCACGAAGGGAUUCUGAGCCGUGCAAGAAGAAGAAGGCCCAUAAUGAUAACGACUUAGAUGACCUAGACUGCGAAAGCGAGGAGGGCCAAGAGCCAUCCGAGGAGAUGUCAAAGCCAGCACCUUCUCGUUCGAGUACAAAGAGAAGCAGAGCUGCCGAAGUCCACAAUUUGUCUGAGAAGAGGAGGAGGAGCAGAAUCAAUGAAAAGAUGAAAGCCCUCCAGAAUCUCAUUCCGAAUUCGAACAAGACUGACAAAGCUUCAAUGCUUGAUGAAGCUAUUGAAUAUCUCAAGCAACUUCAGCUUCAAGUACAAAUGCUAUCAAUGAAAAGUGGGAUCAAUUUAGCCCCCAUGUGUAUGCCUGGCCAGCUGCAAUCUAUGCAGCUACCUCAAAUAUGCAUGGGCUUUACUACAGAGAAUGGCACAUUGCCCAUUACCAUGGGGAUGGGAUUGUUGCCCGUGAACCAACAGGACUCCUCAUCACAACCCUCCUUUGAUCUACCUAAUAUAAGCCCCCCCUCCUCUUCACUUCAAUCUUUAGUAAUGCCCAACAUACCAAAUGUUAUACCCAACUCUGGUGGAUGUGCAGAGACGUCUUCAUUUGGGCUGGAUUCAUCACAGGGCCUUGUCAGGCCUUAUCAGUUGUCCUCGCCUGCAGAGGAUAUAUACAGGGCAGACAUCUUGCCACAACAGCAAGUGGACAUGAUACAAUCUGUUAGGAGCACAGCAGAAAACCAAACAAAAACAGUGGCGUCCUCCCUAUCGAUGGAUGGACAAGUGACUGUACUGGAAAGGGCCAACUACUUGGAAGCAUUCAUGUGUGUGGGAGACAAAGUACGACCUGGUCUCCCAAAGGAUGUAAAUUCUCAAAGUAUGGUUCAGCGCCUUCACUGUUCGAAGAUAGAAAGAGGAAUCAGUAAUACAGAGCCUUCUAAAUGAAAACAAGAGUUUUGAGCAGUUUCCGAUGCUUCUGGAGCUAACCGCACACAUAGCUUCUCUAUAUUAUCGUGUACUGAACUGUCAUCUCCAUUGUCAAAAUGUUGGAACAAAACAAAUAUUUUUUAGGCCCUUAAUGUGUAGCUGCAGAAUUUCCAUCCAAAAUUCGCGACUUUUUAA